CACAGAUGGAAAGAUAAGGCACCUACUCUUCUUUUUUGUGAAAGUCCACCAUGUCUUGUCUUGUUAUUUCUCUUUUCUACAUUUCUGUGUAGAAUUCUGGUAUUGGGGCAGGUGCCUUUCUGUCCUGGAGUGGGACCAUUACAUGCUGAACAAUGAACAACGGUGUUCUACUUGAAGAAGAACUGAUCAAAAAGUCCCAGCAAAAGAGAAGGACCUCCCCCUCCAACUUUAAAGUGCGAUUCUUUGUUUUAACGAAAUCAAAGCUGGCAUAUUUUGAACAACGUCCUGGGAAAAAAAGAAUUUUAAAGGGAUCGAUUGAACUGUCCAAGAUUAAAUGUGUAGAAAUUGUGAAAAGUGACAUCACUGUUCCAUGUCAUUACAAAUAUCCUUUUCAGAUUUUUCAUGACAGCUAUCUCCUCUAUGUGUUUGCCCCCAGCCAAGCAAGCUGCCAGAAAUGGGUACUGACUCUGAAAGAAGCAACUAGGAGCAACAACAAUUUGGUGACAAAGUUUCACCCAAAUUUUUGGAUAGAUGGAAGAUGGAGAUGCUGUGCUCAGUCAGAAAAGCUAGCAACAGGCUGUGUGGAAUACAUCUCAGCCAAAACUGUCUCGAAGAAACCUCUUCCUCCAACUCCAGAUAAUAAUUGGAAAUUGCAACUAGAUUCCAAGGAAACUCCGUUACAAGUAAUUGCUAUUUAUGACUACAGUGCCCAAAAUCCACAGGAGCUAACAUUACGGUGCAAUGAGGAAUAUUAUGUCAUAAAUAAUUCAGAGAUCCACUGGUGGUUGGUUCAAGAUAAGAAUGGUCAUGAAGGAUAUGUGCCAAGCAGCUAUGUGGCAGAAAAAUCGCCAGCAAAUCUGCAAAUAUAUGAGUGGUACAACAAAAAUAUCAGCAGAAGCAAGGCAGAAACACUGCUCAAAGAAGAGGGUAAAGAAGGGGCCUUUAUGGUGAGAGAUUCAAGGCAACCUGGCAUGUAUACUGUCUCAGUCUUCACAAAAGCUCUCAGCAGCAAUGACAAUAACCCUGUUAUAAAGCAUUAUCACAUCAAAGAGACGAGUGACAAUCCCAAGAAGUACUAUGUGGCAGAGAAGCAUGUUUUUAACUGCAUCCCAGAACUGAUCAACUAUCACCAGCACAAUUCAGGAGGUCUUGUUACUCGUUUGCGUUGUGCUGUUUCCUGUUGGAGAGAAAAGGCCCCUGUUACAGCUGGGCUAAGUUAUGGUAAAUGGAUGAUUAAUCCACAGGAACUGACAUUUGAGCAGGAGAUUGGUGUUGGCCAGUUUGGAGUGGUGCAUCUUGGCUAUUGGCUUGAUCGGAUGAAAGUGGCCAUAAAGACUAUUCGCCCAGGAGCAAUGUCAGAAGAAGACUUUGUUGAGGAGGCCCAAGUCAUGAUGAAGCUGUCUCACCCCAAAUUAGUCCAGCUCCAUGGGGUUUGCAUGCAACAAGCUCCCAUGUGCCUCGUGUUUGAGUUCAUGGAAAAUGGCUGCCUGUCUGAUUACCUAAAGAGGCAGCGAGGGAGUUCCUCAAAGGAAGACCUUCUGGGAAUGUGCCAAGAUGUGUGUGAAGGAAUGGCAUAUCUGGAGCAGGCGUCUGUUAUCCACAGAGACCUGGCUGCUCGGAAUUGUUUGGUGGGAGAAUACCAAGUUGUCAAAGUAUCGGAUUUUGGAAUGUCACGGUACGUUCUUGAUGAUCAGUAUACCAGCUCCAUGGGUACCAAAUUCCCCGUCAGAUGGUCAGCACCAGAGGUGUUUUGCUAUAGUCGGUAUAGCACCAAAUCUGAUGUCUGGUCAUUUGGAGUAUUGAUGUGGGAGAUAUUUACUGAAGGCAAAACACCUUAUGAGAACAAGACCAAUGCUGAGGUGGUGGAAGAUAUCAGUGCCGGCGCCCGCUUGUAUAAGCCCAGAUUGACCUCCAAUGCCAUUUACAAGCUCAUGAUGCAUUGCUGGAGUGAGAGGCAAGACGAUAGACCAUCCUUCUCUGUUCUGCUCUCCCAACUCAAUGAAAUCUCUGAAUCAGAUUUUGAAGUGUUCAGGAACUCAGAGAAGAUAUGAAAAGCAUGCCUAUUCUCUUGUACAAGCCUGGAAUGCAUGUUAUCUGUCAUUUGAUUUUUGUAGAGACAGUCAACCUGAGACCCAAAUAUU